AUGCCUCGGGGUCAAAAGAGUAAGCUUCGUGCCCGUGAGAAACGCCGUCAGGCUCGAGAAGAGCCAGAGCCUCUGAUGGGUGCUCAAGCCACUGCAAGAGUGGGAAGAGAAUGUUCCUCCUCUUCCUCUGCUCAUUUCAGGAGUACCAUCCAGAGCUCAAAUGCUGCCAAGACAACCAGCAAUCCCCAUGGGCCUCAGAGAGCCACAUCCACCACCACUACUGCUGCAGCUGUUUCAUAUGUAAGAUCUAAUGAAAGCACCAACAACCAAACAGAGGAAAGGCCAAGAUCCUCACAGGCCCCGGCUGCCAACGAGCACAUGACCAGAAGCCCUCUAGAUGAGAAGGUGUUUAUUUUGGUGCAUUACCUUCUGUACAAGUAUCAAAUGAAAGAGCUUAUUAUAAAGGCAGCUAUGCUGAGAGAUAUAGUCCAAAUUCCCAGGAGAUACUUCACUGAGAUCCUGGGGAAAGUUUCAUAUCACCUGCAGAUGGUCUUUGGACUUGACCUGAAGGAAAUGGAUCCAGAUAGGCACAUCUAUUUCCUCAUCAACAAACUGGUACCAACCUAUGAUGCAAAGUUGAGUGAUGACAGACGUGUGCCCAGGACUGGCCUGCUGAUGACUAUCCUGGGUGUGAUCUUCACAAAUGGUAAUUGUGCCACUGAGGAACAAAUCUGGCGGGUAUUGAAUGUGAUGGGGUUAUAUGAGGGGAGGAGGCACUUCAUUUUUGGGGAGCCCAAGAAGAUCAUCACCCAAGAUUUUGUGAGAGAAAAUUACCUGCAGUAUGAGCAAGUGCCCGACAGUGAUCCUCCAUGCUAUCAAUUUCUGUGGGGUCCACGAGCUCAUGUAGAAACCACCAAGAUGAAAGUCCUAGAGUUUUUAGCGAAGAUCCACGAUACUGUCCCCAGUGCCUUCCCAACCUGGUAUAAAGAGGCUUUGAGAGAUGAGGAAGAAAGAGCUCAAGUCAGACUUGCAGCAAGGGCUCGCAUUAGGGCUGUGGCCAAUGCACGUUCCAAGGCCAUAUUUAGCAGAUUCUCCCACCCCUAGUAGAACUGAAGACAUUUUUCGCCUUGUGGUUGAAAGGAAAAGUCCACAUUCUAAGCUGUGGAAGGUCAGGGUGGGAUUGGAGGCAACGCAGUGUAUAACAUGUUUGUUUUCUUGUUCUAUAAUAAGUUCCUGGAUAGUUUUUUCAAAAUAUUGUUCCUUUUAUCAGAAGGUUUGAGUAACUUUAGAAACUAAGUUUAUGAAUGACAUUACUUAAACAUUGCUGUGAAUGUAAGAGUUUUAUUAUUUUGUGAAACAAAUUAGGAACAUUCCAUAUGGCAGUAAAUUUGUUUUUUUUUUUUUUCGGAAAUGUGAAAGGACGCAGAAUUGUAAUAGUUGGGCUCAAAAGUGGAGAAAAAAUAAAAGACUGUAA